GGCGGCGGCCCCGGCAGGGGCCGGUGACCAUGGGCAUCGCGGAGUCCACGCUGGACGAGCUGCCGUCGGACGCCGAGGAGCAGCUGCGCAGCGGCGAGGAGCAGCUGGAGCUGAGCGGGCGGCGGCUGAGGCGGCUGCCCAGCGCCGUGUGCGCGCUGAGCCGCCUGCAGAAGCUGUACGUGAGCGGCACCGGGCUGCGUGAGCUUCCGGAGGAGAUCGAGGAGCUGCGUGAACUGCGCAUCCUGGCGCUGGACUUCAACAAGCUGGAGCGCCUGCCCGACGGCCUGUGCCGCCUGCCGCGCCUCACACGCCUCUACCUGGGCGGCAACCGGCUGCUGGCGCUGCCCGCCGACUUCGCGCAGCUGCAGAGCCUGCGCUGCCUCUGGAUCGAGGGCAACUUCCUGCGGCGCUUCCCGCGGCCGCUGCUGCGCCUGGUGGCGCUGCAAUCGCUGCAGAUGGGCGACAACCGGCUGCGCGCGCUGCCAGCAGAGCUGCCGCGAAUGACGGGCUUGCGCGGCCUCUGGCUCUACGGCAACCGCUUCGAGGAGUUCCCGCCCGCGCUGCUGCGCAUGGGUCGGCUGCACAUCCUCGACCUCGACCGCAACCGCCUGGGCGGCUUCCCCGACCUGCACCCGCUGCGCGCUCUGCGCGUCUUCUCCUACGACCACAACCCGGUCACCGGACCCCCGCGCGUCGCAGACACGGUUUUCCUCGUGGGCGAGGGCGCCGUCGAGCGCAUGGCUGAGCGCGACGAGCCCACGCCGCGGCCGCCACUCCGGCGUCCAGCACGGGUCUUUGAGGACGAGGAGGAAGAAGACCUGCUUAUAGGAGGCUCUGGACCCCGAGUCCUGGUCCCCCCCAGAGACAGCCUCCAUGCCUUGGAAGCUCCUCCAGGACUGGGCACCUGAGCCUCUCUGCCCUGGGUGUUAGGCUUUGGCCACUCUGGAAGCAAGGGCUCUGGGAGACUUGGCUGCCUGGAUCUGCAUGCUGCUAGGCCCCUGAUUGGGGGCAGUGGAGGAGCGGCAUUGAGCCAGCUCUGGGCACAGGCAUGCCUGAGGCCAUCUCCAGAUGCUCCUGGGUAAUAAGAUGCCUUGGGCAGACCUCUGGACAGUUUUCAGACCAAGAAGUCUGGGGUAGAGCCACUGGCCAUACAACAGAGGAGCUAGCUUCCUCCUGGAACCAGUGUCACUGCUAUCCAUGGAAUCAAUCAUCCCUACUCAGUGAAUCCGGAUGCCCAGGGUGCCCAGCUUCAUCUGGAGUUUGGGUCUCCUAGGCCCACCGUAUCUGUUGCUGGAGCCACUACCUCUGGGGUGGACUGUGUAGGAUAAAAUGGCUGUGUGUGUGUGUGUGUGUGUGUGUGUGUGUGUGUGUUGGGGUGUCUGGCUCAGGAGGGCAGGGUGUAGGGACUCGGUCCAGGACAAGAGCAGGACACAGAUUGGGGUCUAAUUACCUCAGUUGCCCUCCACCAGGCCCCCUCUGCUUACCCUCCUACCCAGGUCCCCUGGUAUCUGUAUGGGGCCCAGAAGGCUGGGUCUCUGUUCCCACCUUUCCUUCUGACCUCGCCUCUCAGCAUGUGCCUGAAAUCUUGCUGAGUAAAGAGCUCGCUCCUUCCCUUCCCUUUCCUUCCUUACAGCUUGUAGUCAAGUUUGAAAAGCCACUGUGCCUCCAGGGCCUCCUGCCCAGAAGAGAGAGGGGUUCUGCGCUCUCUGGGAGACUGCUCAGCGCCUUCCUACUGCCUGCACUCUCCAUUUCCUUACAUGGGCACAGCCAGGGUGGCUGGCACAGCAUGGGGCACUGGACGGGCAUUGUGUGCCUCCACUCUGUCACCAGGGACAGCCCCUGAGGGGGUAAGGAGACAGGCUCUGCAUUCCCAGGGCCAGAUCCAAGCAAUAACAGGAGGAGGGGACCAGGGCCGAGGACACUCAGGGACACUGUCGGGGGCUAGAGCCCCACAAGGUAGUAUUUUCUUUAGGAAGGAAAAAAAAAUGGCUGUAAACAUAAAUUAUA